GCCGCACACAAUCACCAUCUUGCGGUGUAAUUGCUUACUAUGCAUCUCCGCAAGAAAGGCUACAUACUUCCCCUCAGUCUUCUCUCCUCUAUCUCAUCAUACGCUCACUCCAAAUCCUUACCCAUCGUAGAUCUGGGAUAUGAGCUACACCAGGCAUUUUCUCUCGAUCAAUCAACCCAAGCCUAUAACUUCAGUAACAUUCGCUUCGCCGCACCACCUGUAUCUACCCAGCGCUUUCGCCCACCGCUGCCUCCAUCAGUAAACAGAAUCGAAAUCCAGAAUGGCUCCGUGGGACGCGUCUGUCCCCAAGGGGAACCUAUAUGGUCAACAGAAAUCUUAAUCCCGUUUAUUAAAAGCAUUUUGACGGACACGCCGUUUAAUGGGUCUGAUGAUAUAAGUGAUUAUCCAAUUGUCUGGCCGCCCGAGGAUGCAAGAAUCACGGAAGAUUGCCUUUUCUUGGAUGUGGUUGUGCCCAAAAGCGUUUUUGAAGGGUCAGAGGCUGCGCCGGUGCUGGUUUGGUUUGAUGGAGGAGGCUUUGUCACUGGUGAUAAGACAGAGGUACUGCCUACGGGACUUUUGGAGAGGGGUUCGGAGAUUGGAAAGGAUUUUGUGUAUGUUGCAGUGAAUUAUCGGCUGGGGGCAUUUGGGUGGCUGUCUGAUGGCGAGGGCCUGGGCAAUGCUGGGCUUUAUGAUCAACGCUUAGCAUUGGAGUGGGUGAAGAAGUAUAUUAGUCUGUUUGGUGGUGAUCCUGGGCGAGUGACUGUCAUGGGUGAGUCUGCUGGAGGUGGUUCUAUCGUCCAUCAAUUGGCAGCAUCUACGGGGGUGGAGAGGGAGCUACCUUUUCAGCAGGCGAUUAUUCAGAGCCCAGGGUGGUAUAUGCAAGCAGUUGAAGUACAGAAGUCGACUUUACAACACUUCCUGGAAUUAUUGAACGUGACCUCUCUCGAAGAGGCCCGUCAACUUCCAUCAAAUCAGCUGAUUACUGCUAAUGCCUACCAGAUAGCUACUACAUCUGUGUACGGAACAUAUACUUAUGGGCCGGUUAUUGAUAACACAUUCAUAACAGAUCUUCCAAGCAGGAUUUUACUGGAUCCAGAUUUCAAAUGGAAGAACAUCCGCGUGAUGACAAGCCACACAAUCAAUGAAGGGCUGACUUUCACUCCGCCAGCAGGCAUGAACAGCUCAGCCUUCCAAUCCCUCAUCGAGACUUAUAUUCCAAGUCUAUCACCCGAAACUGUGGAUCAAAUCGUCCAAUAUUGGUAUCCCCCGGUCUACAACGCUUCAUCCUUAUCCUCGGAGACAUUGGGAUAUAGCGAUCCCUUAGAGCGGACAUCGGUCUUCAUGAGCGAUGCAUUCUUUCAAUGCAAGACCCUCUACCUCGAUAAUGUAUUCGAUACCUCAUACGCGUCGGUAUUCAGCGUGCCACCGGGUGUGCAUGCCCAAGAUGUGGCAUUCAACUUCUGGGACCAUUCCCAGCCCGAUACGGAACUGGGGCUAUUCAACGCAAGUCUCGCGCUGACCAUGCAGGAUUAUAUCAUUACGUUUUUGAAUCAAGGCUUUCCCACUUCGGCCGAGAAUAUGGCCAUCGAGUGGGAGAAAUACUCGAAAGAUGGGCGCGUGAUGAAUCUGGGACUGCAAGAUAUUGCGAUCACCUCCGAUACUGUGGACUCGGACCGGUGUCGAUUCUGGUGGAACAUUACUGGAUGAAGAGAAUGUAUGCCUUUUCCACACUAUCGCCCCGUUUCAUUUUUCCUGCUGGUUAGUCUGGGCCCUGCAGAAUCAGUACGGUUAUUUGGUGCUUAUAACUGAGUUGGAUAUCGAAUGCAACAGCAAUCUGCUACUCUGUCAGUGAUCAUCACGGCCUUGAGCCGCAUUUGAACCUCUCAAAAUUCAGGACCCGGAGA